AUGUCAAACAGAUGUAAGUCAAAGCCACAGUGCUAUGGAAGUGAUAUCCACCGGCUGCUGCUGGCGGCUGAAAUCGGACAGAAGGCUGAUGUCCGGACCUACACCUCAGGCCACCUGGGUCCCCGCAGCCUGAACCAAAGACAGCCUCGUGCUGAGACCAAGCGGUGUUUCUGGAGGACAUCUCAGAACCUAGAAGAGAUCCCAACACCCCUGGCACCGCAGAAAAGACAGACAAAGAUAUCAACGUGUGUGAAGAAGAAAGAAGAGGGAAAGUAUGCCUCUGAGUUCACCUCUGGCGCUGCUUUGGUUGAGUCUGGGAUCAUGAAGUCAAGCAAAGAUCAGGCUACUGAUUAUUUAUCACAUGAAGGCACAAGAGAAGAUAAAACUCUUAAAACAGAUCAUUCUUCCUCAGACUCUUUGCCACUUCAGCAUAAAUCUUCUCCCCAGAAGCCAAACAACUCCUCAUCUGAUGUGGAGGGGAGCUCUCAGGUUAACUCCAGUCAUUCUGAUGGCAUGAAUAAUACCAGCCAGCAUGAGAUCAAACAGCAGUUUGGCAGGGCGGCUGCAGCCUGUGAGAACCUGUGCGCUGGGGCCAGUGCAGCUGAAACGCAUGAGAGGAAAGUCAAACAGGAGGUGAAAGAGCUGGCAGCAGGGAGCAGGCCCAACAGAGGCCGCCUGGCGGUGUGCAGUGACGUCUUUGAUGAUGUGUGUGAAGGCUCGCCAGUAUUUGGAAGCAUCCUGAGGGAAAUUAAGACUGAGUACGGUUUAUAUACCAACCACUUGAUGCCUUCACACUCAGCUGUUCCCAAGACGGCACAGAAAGCUGCUCCCUCGGGUCUUGGCGCUCUCAAAGCAAAGGAAAUGGAGUUGGAGGAAGCUCUGGAAGAGGUUGAAAAGCUGGAGCACGAGGCCAAAAGCGCUCUGGAGGAGAACAAACGGGCCCGAAAUGAAUUAGAGAACAUUCCAGCUACUGAAAGCCCGGAGGACACUCUCUUGACGUGCCCGCGGGACGGCGCCGGCGGCCGCAGCGACGGCGUCCGGGUCAGGAGGCUCCAGGUGCGGAGUGUGUGGAGGGAGAUCCAGCAGUUGGAAGAAGAGAUGAAGAACAAGAUGGUGUCCGCUGAUGUGACCACCAACAUGGAGAGAAGCAUCAAAGACAAGAAGAUUGAGAUAGUGAAUCUAAUCGCCUCAAAUGAGCGUCUCCGGACCAUCAAUAAGAUCGACCGGUGA